AUGGUCAUUUCUAGGAGCAAGGGGUAUCCCAACUUUUGCAUCAAAAGCAAAGCUUUUGUAGUAACACAUUUCUUACAAGUUUCAGCGAAGCCUUGCCCAAUGCAGAUUCCUGAUGAAAUACUGCCUUGCCAGGGCUUCCAAGCUUUGAUGGGGAAGGAGCAGAAACCUUCCCAGAGAGGACUUCCUUACAGUUGCAACAAGAAAGACAUCGUAGACUUCUUUGCAGGACUGAAUACAGUUGCCAUUACUUUUGUGAUGGACUACAGAGGGAGACAAAAAACAGGGGAAGCCUAUGUGCAAUUUGAAGAACCAGAAAUGGCCAACCAAGCCCUGUUGAAACACAGGGAAGAAAUUGGUAAUCGAUACAUCGAGAUAUUUCCAAGCAGAAGGAAUGAAGGUCGAACACAUGUUUGUUCUCAUAAGGGAAAGAAAAUGGCAUCUUCUCCUACUGCUAAGUAUAUAACUGAGCCAGAAAUGGUCUUUGAAGAACAUGAAGUAAAUGAGGAUAUUCGAUCCAUGGCAGCUUUUGAAAGUGAGAAAGAAAUAGAAUUGCCUCAAGAGAUGCCAGAAAAGCUUCCAGAGGCUGUUGAUUUUGGAACUACGCCUUGUCUGUAUUUUGUCCACAUGAGAGGAUUACCUUUCCAAGCCAAUGCCCAAGACAUUAUAAACUUUUUCGCUCCACUGAAGCCUGUUAGAAUCACCAUGGAAUACAGCUCCAGUAGGAAGGCCACUGGAGAAGCUGAGGUGCACUUUGAGAUCCACGAGGAUGCUGUUGCUGUGAUGCUCAAGGAUUGGUCCCACGUUCAUCAUAGGUAUAUUGAAUUGUUCCUGAGUUCUUGUCCAAAAGGAAAAUUAGACUUCAGGGGCUCCAGAUAAUAAGAAUGAAGUAAGAAGCAUUUCAUUUGCACAUCUUUCUUGGACAUGGGAUAUACACUUCCAGUUUAUUAGCAGCAACUGCUAGGGAAUUGAUUUUGGUGUUUUGGGUUAAUUGCUUCUAAGAAAAAUUUCAUAAUGGACUGCUUAGAAGAAGAAAUGAAAGAUCCAGUUUGGGAUUAUGAAAUAAACCACAAAUUAAAACUUGUUUAAACUGUCCAGGAUCUGAUUUAAAAAUAUGAUCUUUAUUUCAUAUGAUUAAACAGUUUGUUUUCAUAGAUGAUAUGUUAUCCAUUGUAAAAACUACAUAUUUUUAUUCAGCAGUAUUCCUUAAACUCUUUCAUUUAAAAAAUAAUUUUUUUUUUUUUUUUUUUGCCUGUGAAUUGAGUGCUCUGAUGUAAAACUUCUCAUGGAACGAAACAGUGAUUUAUUUUAACCAAACAUUCACCAAAGCAAAGAAAGUUUUCAGACCUUUGAACUGGUAUGGUUUGGCAGAAUAUUUUUAAAUUUUGCUGUAUUUGAUUACUUAGAUAGGAAUUUAAAAAAAAUCAAAACAAAAAAUAAAUAACACACUUUAGCGAGUGUAAAUGACAAUUUGGCAGUUUUAUGUCUUUAGAAAUGUUUUACCUUUCUAAGCCUUGUGCUAAAGGUGUUUAAUGUUGGUGUCUAUCUACUUAAGGGACAUUCUAGUCUUUACUUAAAAGUUGUCUGAACUGUCCCUCCCUGGCUUUUUUUGGUUUGGGGUAAACUUAAGGGUGUUUGUUAGUCUCAAAACUGUGAAGUGACAUGUCAGAACAGUCCAGACUAGUGAGAAAAUUAAUGGCUUCACUUGAAUUUAAACCAGUCUAGAUAGGAAACAAUCAGUCUCUUCACUUGCUUUUACAAUGGAGUAGCACAUCCCAUAUUUUAGAACAAGUAGGGGUGCCUUGAUUAAAUAAAAAUAACAUUUAAUGUAUAAUUGUGUGAAGGGUUUAUGGAUAAAGCUGUACUUCUGUCCCAGUGUGGCAGUACAUUCUGCUUUAAUAUUAAACAGCUUGUUAUUUAAGUAUUAGACGAAAUGGCUGGCUUCAAAAUGUAGUCAUUAAUAAACUAACUUUAUGUGCACCUGUGUAGGAGAAUCAAAAUCCUGUGUACUUACUUUGCCUUGUUCCUGUUCUCAGGGUGACGACUACCACCAGGAGAUGCAAUUCUAGUUCUUAAAAUUAAAUUUGCCCAGAUUUCUGAGAGGUGAUAUCUGGAAGAGAGACUAUGUCUUCUCUUAUUUAAUACAUAACCAUCUUUGAUUACCAGCUAAGAUGCAAAAUCACUGUACUGUAAGUAGUCAAUAAAUGAAGAUUUGUUGCAGGCUG